AAAUGAAAUGUUUAGGUUAUGCAGUUAAUGAAAGAUGGAAAACAAAGUGGAUCAAGCAAAUAAAGUAUUAUUAUCAGCAAAACUGACUGAAAGCGAUGUGUAUCCAGUGUCUGAAAUAUUUACGUUCCAUCCAGAGUUUGCUGAAGUGAGUGAUUUCAAGCUAUUGGAACUGAAUCAACAUUUAGAAGAAGAAUUAGAAAAAGGUGAUACACUGUAUAUAAAUGGAUCCAGCUCUGAUAACACAGUUCUUUGCACAAACACAAACACCUUCAAUGUAUUCACAGCAGAAACAUCAAACAGCUUAUUAAUAAGCAAUGGAUUGAAAUUGCACAACAAUAUAAAAGAUGAGAAAGAAAAAUGUGUGCAUGAUGUGACUGUUGUAGGUAUAUCUUAUGAGUACUUUGUAGUGGCUCAAAUUAAACCAGACUUUAAUAAAGUAAAGCAACUGCUGAGUACAACAGUUUAUAGAGGCAAAGAGCAUGAAUAUGAGGUUGAUGAAUCUAAACUGUUAACAUUUGAAGACUUAUGGAUGAAAACACAAGCAUCCAAAGAAGAAUUGAAAAGUACCAUAAAAGAUUUGAAUGUUGUUACUAUUAACAACAAGCUGAGAAUCUUAGAGUUUGAGUAUCAUUUUAGAGUGUUGUCCUUCAUGUUAAAAUUAAUAGAUGAAUUCUCAUGGAACUUAGAACAAAUAUGUUAUGAAGAAACUGUUAACUCUCUGGUGGAUUUAGUACCAAGUGAUAUUAUAAACAGUAUGUUCAGUAUGUACACAGAAGAAACAAAGAUGAUUGAUGGCGUUCAGCUGUACAGGUACAAGGAACGAGAGGUGUGUCGCUUUUUCGCGCAAGUUCUGUUAUACAGCGCUGGCAAAUUUAAUUUUAAAGACUUCAUGCAAGCAUGGGAAGAAUCUGUACCAGAGGGUAUGAAGGUUGAGGAAAACAUGCUGCAUGGAAUUGCCCUGAUCAAUAGAAAGUCAAUGCCAAAUGUGAUAUGGAUGUUUUCAGAGUUUGAUUUACCUGAUACUAUAAAUGAUAGGUUCAAGGUAUUGUUUGAAGCCAAAGAAAGGUGGUCCUAUGAAGAAAUAGCGCCGUACAUCGCUAGAUUAACAACUGAUAAACUAGAUGUGAAUGCAUUGCUGGCAAAGCAUGCCAGAAACUUUAAAGUUAAUGAUGUUAAAUAUUACUCCUCCAAGCACUUGAAAUAAUGUUGA